AUGGCGGGGGCCGGCCGGAGCUCGCGCGGCGGCGGGAAGCGCGGUGCCGCGUCGGCCACGGCGUCGGCGUGCGUCUACUACGCCACGACGGGGCUUCUCGUCGCGCUGUGCGUCGCGGGGGCCUACUUCCUCACGUCCACCUCCGCGGCGUCCGCCGACGGGGACGCGGUCACCGCGUACCGCCACACGACGCGGUCUUCGUUCGCGUACGAGGUGACCAGGGAGAAGGCCCCGCCGUCGCCGCCGCGCGAGGUGGACGCCGACGACGCGCAGGCGGGGAAGGCUGGUGUUGAGAGUGGCGCCGAUGAGGAGGGCGCCUUGGACGACCCGCAUGCCAAGCCUGAUGAUCGUGAUCAUCAGCAUGCCUCUGACGAGGUGAGUAGCGAGGAGGAGUCCAAGAGCUCUGCGGCGGUCGCCAUGAAGGGCGAGAGGAGCGAGGAAGGUGACCACGCGGCAGCCGGCGAGGCGAACGCAGAGGACACGGCGGCGACUAGCGCACACGGCAGAGAGGAGGAUAAAGGGCAGGAAGCCGUGCGUGAAGAGAGCCACGAUCCACAAGAACAAGAGCAGCAGCCGCAGCUGCAGAUGCCGCAUGAAGAGACCCGGGCUGCUGCCGUGGAGGAGAAGAGCUUGGACGGCGGCAUCGAGGAGGAGAGCAACGCGGGGCAGCGGCAGCGAGAGGAAGAGCAGGCCGCCGCAGGAAGCCUACGCCUGGAAGUGCAAGAGGACCCGCAGACCGAAGGCGACGAACGAAUGGAGCAGCAUCAACCAGAGGAGGAGCGCGGCAAUGACCAACCGCAGAGCGAAGAGUACGGGAACACGUCAAUGUCAGACGCCGUCGGCGAGGCCUUUCGUAAUCGGGAUACGGAUGACGGCGACGGCGACAAGCCUGCCGUGUCCCAGCGCAAGGAGGACGUCGACGGCAAUGCCAGCCAAGGCGACCACAGCGUGGUGGACUCGCUCGUCGGCGAAGCCCGCACGGAGGAGCAGAAGGCGUGGUCGACGCAGGCCGACCAGUCCCACCGGGAGAAAGACCGGCGCGAGGAUAACGCGGCCAGCAACGAGAACGACAGCAACGGCGCCGGCGAGGAGCACGAGUGGCGGGUGUGCAACGUGAAGGCGGGCGCGGACUACAUCCCGUGUCUGGACAACGAGAAGGCCAUCAAGAAGCUGCGGCCGGAGAACUACCGGCGGUACGAGCACCGGGAGCGGCACUGCCCCGACGAGGGCCCGACGUGCCUCGUCGCACUACCGAGCGGCUACCGCCGGCCCGUCGAGUGGCCAAAGAGCCGAGACAGGAUAUGGUACAGCAAUGUGCCGCACACGAAGCUGGUGGCGGUGAAGGGUCACCAGAAUUGGGUGAAGGUGAGUGGGCGGUACCUGACCUUCCCCGGCGGCGGCACGCAGUUCAUCCAUGGCGCCCUGCACUACAUCGAUUUCCUUCAGCAGUCCGUGCGCGGGAUCGCGUGGGGGAAGCACACGCGUGUGGUGCUCGACGUCGGCUGCGGCGUGGCCAGCUUCGGCGGCUACCUGUUCGAGCGCGACGUGGUGACCAUGUCGUUCGCGCCCAAGGACGAGCACGAGGCGCAGGUGCAGAUGGCGCUCGAGCGGGGGAUCCCGGCCAUCUCCGCCGUCAUGGGCUCCAAGCGCCUGCCCUUCCCCAGCAAGGCGUUCGACCUCGUCCAUUGCGCGCGAUGCCGUGUCCCUUGGCAUGCCGACGGUGGCGCUCUACUCCUGGAGCUGAACCGCGUCCUGCGGCCCGGCGGCUUCUUCGUCUGGUCGGCGACGCCGGUGUACCAGAAGCUGACGGAAGACGUCGAGAUCUGGAAAGCAAUGUCAGCUCUGACGAAGUCCAUGUGCUGGGAGCUGGUGUCGAUCAAGAAAGACCGGCUCAAUGGCGUCGGCGUCGCCUUCUACCACAAGCCGACGUCCAAUGAGUGCUACGAGACCAGGAGGCGGCGGCAGCCUCCGAUGUGCAGCGACGACAACGACGCGAACGCGGCGUGGUACAUCCGCCUGAACUCGUGCAUGCACCGCGUGCCGACGGGUCCGUCGGAGCGCGGCGCGAGGUGGCCCGCCGAGUGGCCGCGGCGGGUGCGAACGCCGCCGUACUGGCUCAACAGCUCGCAGGCCGGGGUGUACGGGAAGCCGGCGCCAGAGGACUUCACGGUGGACUACGAGCACUGGCGGCGCGUCGUCGACAGGUCGUACCUCAACGGCCUGGGCGUCGACUGGUCCACUGUCAGGAACGUCAUGGACAUGAGAGCCGCCUAUGGAGGGUUCGCAGCCGCGCUCCGGGACAAGAAGAUCUGGGUCAUGAACGUCGUCAACGUCGACGCACCCGACACGCUGCCCAUCAUCUUCGAGCGCGGACUGUUCGGCAUCUACCAUGACUGGUGCGAGUCCUUCAGCACCUAUCCGAGAACCUACGACCUCCUGCACGCCGAUCACCUCUUCUCCAAAAUUAAGGACAGAUGCGCGGUUAUGCCGGUGGUGGUCGAGGUCGACAGGAUCGUCAGGCCGGGGGGCAGCAUCAUCGUGCGCGACGAGUCCAGCACCAUCGGCGAGGUGGAGAAGCACCUCAGGUCGCUUCACUGGGACGUGCGUCUGACAUUAUCCAAGAACGAAGAAGGGGUGCUGUACGCCGUGAAAUCGGAUUGGCGGCCGGAGCUGCUCGAGGAGCCAUCGUAAUCGCCUCCUGCCUGUGACCAUUUCAGGCGCUAGAUAGGGCUCUUCGUCCUUUUUCUUCCUUCUCUUUCUCAUCUAG